AGCAGCAGUACAGAAAUGUAGGUCACGACAGUACAACAGCGGUGUGUAGCGAUUGGUAGUUACAGAACUUGUUUUCUCUCAGUCUUUAGAUUUUUCGCCCUAACUUAUGCUAUUAGUUUGGAUCAAAUAAAUUUUCGAUUUAAGACCCUCUGCAAAAGAAACCCACCAUGCGCGUUAAUCUUUUGCUCGUCUUCAGCGAAAACUUUUUUGCAACAGUUUGUGUCGUCUGCUAUGCUCUACUCUUGCCAUUUGCUGAGACAGCACAGAUCGACCCCAAGAGAUGCCUUGUUUGGGGACCUGGACUGAAAGUACAUGUCAAUCUACCUGUUCGCUACUUCUACAUUCAAAUAGUUGACACGUCAGGAAAUAACAUCACAGAAUCAAUUGGAGAAAAUCCUUUCAAAGUCAGCAUACAUCAACGUGAUGACCAGGAGAGAGUUCGCAUGCGUGUGGAUGUUCUGGACCGCCAUGAUGGUGUUUAUAUUGUCAGGCUAAGAAGUUACGCUUCUUCACUAGAUACAGAUAUCCACAUUUGGUACAAUGGACAAGCAGUGGGAAAAUCACCAUAUCACUUACCAGAUCCUCAUUAUUUGACUGCAUCUGAACAAGAUGCUUCAGGAACCAUCUACCAGGAACAGUGCUACUGCCCCUGUCCCAGCCUGUCUUUUUGGUAUGAACAGCUGGAAUGUCCAGACCAUUAUCAGCAGAUUGAAGAUGACCUAUCUCCAUUUUCCAACAUUGACAUGGAUGUUGUGGCUCAAGAGAUUGUGACACGCUUUAGUGACCAGGGGCGACAUAGCUUAUGCCAUUACAAGAUCAUCAAUAAUAAGGUAUAUCGGAAAACCUAUGGGACCAUAAUAGAUUUCAAGAUAUUUGUGGAUGCUAUUCUUCUCUCAUUGGUGCGAAAGGUGAAGCUGGCAGAUGUGGAGUUUUUUGUCAACUUAGGUGACUGGCCUUUGGAAACACGUCAUCCAAAAGAUGGAGGAGUACCUAUUCUUUCAUGGUGUGGCUCAGACUCCACUUAUGACAUUGUUUUGCCAACAUAUGACAUUACAGAAGCCACGCUGGAAAUGCUGGGGAGAGUGUCCCUGGAUAUGCUGUCAGUACAAGCUAACACAGGCCCCACAUGGGAAAACAAAUCAAACGUUGCCUUUUGGCGAGGUCGUGACAGUUGUCGAGAGCGGCUGCAACUGGUGGAAAUGAGUAGGAAACAUCCAGACAUGAUUGAUGCUGCCCUGACCAACAUGUUCUUUUUCCCUAAGGAUGAAAACAAAUAUGGACAAAUUGUCAAACCUGUGUCGUUCUUUGACUUUUUCAAGAGCAAGUAUCAGAUUAACAUCGAUGGCACAGUUGCAGCUUAUAGAUUCCCAUACUUGAUUGCUGGGGAUUCUGUUGUUCUCAAGCAGGAGUCUGAGUACUAUGAGCACUUUUACAAACGCUUGCUGCCAUGGAAACACUAUAUUCCAUUCAAAAGAGACCUCAGUGAUCUUCUGCAGAAAAUAAAGUGGGCACAAAGUCAUGAUAGAGAGGCUCGCCAGAUUGCCAUAAAUGCUCAAGAAUUUGCUCGAGAAAAUCUUAUGCCUCCAGAGGUUUUCUGUUACCAUGCUAAGGUGUUGGAGGCACUUUCACAACGAUUGAAACAUAAACCACAGGGAACAGAGGGCUUUGAGCACAUAGAGCAGCCAACUCAUAGUCUAGAAUCUCAGUGUGUGUGUGAUAGAUCUGUACAGGACCAGUAUUUUAAGCUGCAAGGAAAAGAUGCAAAACAGGAACUUUGAAGAGAUCAUGAUGUGAUGGUCAUAUUUGCCUGCCUGCUAGGAUAUCAUACUGGGCUAUUAUGUUUGGUGUGUAGUUAUCUUUAGUGGCAGAUAAUGUGUUAAGAUCGUCUGUCUGACUUUUGUUGAGGAUUUCUCUUCUCAUCAUGUUCUAUCAAAAAUUUAAACUAUUUUUGUAAUAAAAUAUGUGCAUGCAUUCAUAUAUGCUUGCAUUUGCAUGUGUGUAAAUGCGCACAAAGGUUUUCUUGAACAGUUUCUUUUAAACUGCGAGGAUGUUUUAAUCAUAUUUCUGUAAAGUUUUCUUAUCUAUGCAAAAUUUGCAUAAUAUUUAUAUAGUGCAUGUCAAGAACCACAAAUAUCCAAAAGAAAAUGAGUUUAUGAUAGGAUCUCCUGUGUGCUCUGCAAUUUGGAUGUUUAGGAUUUUAUAUCGAGAGAUCUUGUGUAAUCAUUUUUAUAUGUUACAGCUUAUACAGGAUCUAGUUUUAUUUUUUAUGCAAGACAUCUAGAAUUGGAAAUUUUACAGGAAAAAGUGUCACAUGGAUGAACUUUUUUGCCACUGUCAAAAAUGGUGUUCACUGCUAUUCUCUAUUUCUUUAAAAUUUUAAUUUCAUGUACAUAUUUGGAACAAACUGCUGAUGGUAGCUAUUGUUGAUGAUGCAAGAAACAUUGCAUGUGUCUUUGAAAUUCAAAGUAUAUUUUCACAAGCCUGUUGCUUCUUCCUCAAAAAGAAAUUAAGUUAAAACUAAAGCACAAAUUUCACAUGUACAUGCAUAAAUCUGGAUCUAAAAUACUAUGAUGCAUGAUUGCAUGAUGUGCUGUAUUGAAAGUAUCCAUUUUAGACCUCAAAAGCAAUGUGUAGAGAAACAUGCUUAUACAUUGCACAUCACGGUUUUACGUUGACUGCCUUCACUACGCAUAAUUAUAAACCAUAGCAUAGCUAUGCACCUCACAUAUAAGAGUACCUGAAUUUCUAAUGGAUAUAUAUAUAAAGUAUCUGCAAAUGAUGCGUACCCACUCUCAUUCAAGGUGUUGACUUGUUUACUGUUUUCUUUGGCAUGGUUUACCCUUAAUGCUGGUUUUUUUGUUAACAUAUUUCUUUGUUGCAAAUGAUGCAAUUUAUAUUCUUGAUAAGCUUGAUAUAACAUUUCUGAUAUAUUUAUUGACGUUGUAACACUAACAGGGCCCUGGCAACUUUGAUAAACGAUCAGUAUAUUGUUUUGUAAUGCCUAUAUGCCAUACAACUUGUGCCUUCAUUGUCUAUGUAGGUAUGAACAUAAUUCCUGGCAAUAUUGUGACAUUUUCAGUCUGUUUGGAUGCAAAGAUCUGUGUUUUUCAGUAAGUUAAUGUAAUAUGAAAUUUUCAGGGAGUUAAAGCAGAUGAAACACAUAUGUAGCUGCUGACUGUUCUUCCCAUUUUCAGUAUUGCUGUGAUAAUGCAUGUUGAAGCAUAAUUUAGGAUCUGAUCACGAACUAAUAUCCCUGGACUGCUGGCAGACGAUUUUCUUCCAGUUAACUGCUAAAACGGGGCAUGAUACAAGAAAGCUUCCGGUUUAUUCACAUUCUUUGUUACGGUUUGCCGAGACUAACAGCGGAUCACAAGAGGCUAAGCAUUGGUCUUGGCACACAGACAGCAAUCCACCUAUACACAUCCUUGACCUGAUGGAACACUGAUGAUUUGCCUUAAGUCUUUUGUACACAAGUAUCGUUUUCCUAUAUCAUCAGUACUCGGUAUAUUUUUAACAAAACUCUGGUACAUUGCUUUAAUACUCUGGGAUUGUAUUCAUGAAAUUUUACAGAGCUGGGUAAACUGGCUACCUGUAGGUGAACCCCCAAAAUAACUCCUUUUUGUUUAAUUAUGAUAUGAGCAUAAUGCCAGUCAAUUUACUUUAUGAUUACCUAAAUAUGUAAAUAUAUAAAAUCCACGUUCACUAGGUGCUGUAAUGGAAGUAUGCAAAAAUGAUUAUGGGUUUAAGCCACAACCCGAUGAUUGUUGUAACCUAUGUGAAAUACUUACUUUUGGCGUAUUUUUUCUGUUGAAUACUUAAGUUACAAAUAAAUAACCUUUUAAAAUGG